ACUUGAGUAAUCCUUAAUGGUAAGUUCUUUAAGAGGAGUUCCUGCGUACUGAAUUUGGCUAGGGACAGGGCGGGCUUUGGCUGUGGAGUGGGAUGAGGGGGCUGAGGGUUGGGGAGUUUGGAAAUGAAGAUUUUUAGGGAAUUUUGAGGAAGAGAAAUUGGAUAUUGGUGGUGAUGAUACAGAUGUGCAGAAUUUGACUAUGUGUGCAGCUGACGUAUGAUUUCAUGGCAAAAGAAAGUAGCACCCAAAUUAGCAAUAAUGAAGGAGAGACUGGGGUUCCCAUAUUCACUCUCCCAGGAGGAACAAAUAAUCCUACCUUCAUCCCUCAAGGAGUCCUAAUGAAGCCAGGAAAAUAUCUUGAGCAUUCUGUUAAUUUUGAGUAUUCAAGUGGAUACUCAUUUGAACUUUGGGUGUAUUUCUACGAUAUUGAGAUCAACAGAAUUUAUCUGGGAAACAUUACUAACACUUCAGGAGGAACUGGAAGAAAAUAUAUUGGAAUUGCUCAGGGUUAUUGGGAUUCAGCAUUUAGGAUGGCUAGUUGUCUUGAAGGAAAUUGAAUAGAUUCACAAGGAGAAAUUAAGAUUGGCUGGAACAAGUUCGCAUUUUACAAAAAUUCAUCUGGCUUCUCCUCCUACCAAUAUAAUUCAAUAGAUGAGACUCUUUCUCCUGGACAAGAAUUUUCUGAUCUUGGUCUAACAAGUUCUAAAAAUGCUCUUGGAUGUUUUCAGAGAUGAGACAGCUCUCAAUUCAUAGUUAGUAGUCUGAGGUUCCGUGAUGAUACAAAUCUGGGAAUACUUGGCAACUCUUUCUCAUACAUGAAUCCAUUAGCAACAUGAGGAGAUGGCAUCGUUCAAAGAGAACAUCUUGAAGAAUGCGACGACUCACAUUCUACGUUACCUGGAUGCAAUGAAGCAUGACUCCUUGAGUCAGGUUAUAGCUGCGGCAAAGAUCCCUAUCAAUGAUUCCCUGCUCAAUGUGGAGAUGGGUAUUAUGCUACAGGCGAGCAAUGAGACGAUCAGAACAGUUCCAGUGGAGAUGGCUGAAGCAACACAUGACAACUCGAAGCUGGGUUUGCUUGAACUGGGAUUGAAAAUACCACUUGAACUCCUAUUUGUGGAGACGGCAUUAAGAUUUCAGCUCUCAAAGAAUGCGAAGAUGGAAACACAGAUGACAAUGAUGGCUGUAGCUCAGAUUGAAAACCAGAAACUGAUUACGUUUGUGGAGGAUGGACUUCGAUUUCAAACCCAGACACUUGCAAUACAGUGUGAGGCAAUGGAGUACAAAAUCCUCGAUUUGUAUCACCUCUCAAAUGAGAUGAUGGAAACACUGCCAAUGGAGACGGCUGAGAUGAAAACUGCAAUGUUGAGGGAGGAUAUACUUGCACAUCAAAUGGAGCAAGUGUGUGAACUCCUCUAUGAGGUAGUGGAGUCGUGAUUAAUCCAAAGGAAUGAGAUGAUAGUAAUACCAAUAGCAAUGACGGAUGCAGCUCAGAAUGAAAAGUGGAGGAAGGAUAUUAUUGUAAAAACUCUAAAAAAGAUCCAAGCUUUUGAAACAAGUGAAAAUUUAACCAAGAAUUUGAAGACAGCAGUAUAAUUUCAAGAUGUGGGGAUCAGUCAAAUCUAGAGUCAACAUCAAUGUCAGAAGGAGUUUCCACUAGUGCUCAAAUAGCGACUGGCAUAAGCAUGGGAGCUGUCAUAGGAGUAUCUAUUCUAAAUAUGUCUUCUCUCACAGGAAUCUGGUCCCUUGUUAACCAAUUCCAGCUAUUUCUCUUACUAAUCCUCACUAGAACUCCUCUACCAGGAGAAAUAAACUACAUAAUUGCUGGAAAUGACCUUAUGUCCUUUGACAUGUCUUUCUUACCAGUGGCUAAGCUCCCUUAUAUCUGAGUUUGAAGAUUGGGUCAUGCAGGAGCAAGAUGACGUGUACCUUCACCGCAUUGGGAUUGAAUCCAAGACUAGUAUUUAUACCAACCUAA